GUUUACCAGGUGAUAUAACAACCAGGAGUUGGACUACAGAGUCCCUGCUCCUCAUGUCUCUGGUGUGUAUGGCUCUACUGAUGGAGCGGUCCUCACAUCGCUCAAACUGAGUUUAGGAGACCUGUUUUCUGGCUACCUGUUGGGCGGCAUGCCCUGUCUCCAGGCCGAAGCGCUGCAGGAGCCAAUGGCCUCGGACAGAGAAACAUCCAACCCCUCCAGCGCUGACCCUCCCUGCCCGAGUAGAGAGCCCUCCUCUGGGGAAGGGUCUGUGAUGGAUCAGCCUGUGGUGACCAGCGCCGGGUGGUUCUUCUCUCCACUGUGGAGCCCCGGGGCCAAGACUCAUCGUUGGCGAUUUGGGAGCGGAGUAAAAAGUGACAAGGUGGAGGUCUGGCUGGACGACCAUGCUACCAGGGAGAUGGAAGGAGGCUCUGUCGUAGGAGCAAUCCCGUCCCCUCAGACAUCACGAGGGCCCAGUCGGUCUCCCUCUGACCCCUCACUCCUCCUGGGCCACCGUAGGGACUCCUCCCCUCUGUCCAGCCCCUCCCUCCUGAUCUCCAGCUCCGCCUCCACGCCCUCCCUGCCGCGACCCCCUACUAACCCUCAGACCUUCACCCCCUGCCUGCUCCAAAACCCUGCCCACCCCCAGUUCUCCACCAGAGAUAGGGCAGGAACGUACUCCCCCCGAUCUCCUCGCUCCCCACUUUCUCGCCGCUCCCUCUGUUGUUCACACUCCCCCCACUCCCCUCACUCCUCCCCCCGCUCUCCGAGGAGGACUGGGCCCUGUGGACGAGGUGGGCCUGGUUGGCGAGGUGAGCCAUGUAGCUGGAUAACGGAGGUACUGGCUGGAGGCUCAGACAGGACAUGUUCUGUGGCGGAGCUCUGCCAGGAGGCCCUGAUACAUGCUGAAGAGGUGUUGGCAGCUGAACGCUCCUCUCUGUCUCUGAUCCAACAGGACCAAGCCGGAGAAAAGCGAUUGGUCCAGGUGGCGGCCCUGACAGCACCAGACAGUGUAAAGGAGAAGUCUUACAGCAUCCACGCCCACCUGGAGUUAGUAAAAGGCAUCAUGGGAUAUGUAGGCUCCACAGGGACACCCAUUAAUAUGACAGGAGAUGUCUUUGAGCAGGACCCCAGGUUCACCCCAGAUGAGGAUCAGAUACCAGAUUUUAGACUCAGGAGUGUUCUAUGUGUCCCUGUCAAGAACAUCAGACAGGAGGUGCUAGGAGCAGCUCUGGUACUCAACAAAAGGAACAGUCCAGACGGUCAGGGUUCUCUGUUCUCAGACCAGGAUGAGAAGGUCCUGUCCAGUCACAUGGUUCAUCUAGGGCUGGUCCUGGAUAACAUCCAACUAUGUGAGAGUUCCAGACAGGAAGCCAAACGCAGCCAGGUGUUGGUGACCUUGGCCCGGCUACUGUCAGAGGAACAUACGUCAAUGGACAAUCUCCUGAGCAAGAUGGCCGCCACUAUCCUGCCUAUUGCACGCGCUCAGUACUGCACCAUCUUCAUCGCCAGACCCAGAUCCAAGAACUCCUUCUCUGGCUUGGUACAUAUGGAGGGGGAGGAGCAAGGAUCAGAGUUCCAGAUCUAUAAAAGAGGCUGUAGCCUCACAGAAGUAGACUUGACCCAUGCCCUGCAGGUGCUGGGAUCCAAGGAGACACAAAAUGUACCUGACGCCAAUCAGGACCCCCCCACAGGUAGCUUGGUCUGCUGCCCGAUCAAAAAUGGGAAAACGGGACAAAUUAUUGCCGUCUGUCAGCUGAAGAACAAACUGGGUGUGGCUCCAAGCCAGGCCAAGACUGGCAGGAGAUUUAACCAUCAUGAUGUGCGCCUCCUAGAGGAUUUUGCUGUGUACUGCGGCCUGGCCCUGCAGACAGUCCAGACUGUCCAGCGCAUAGAGUACCACAGAGCCAGCCAGGACGUCACCCAGGAGGUCCUCUCCUACCAUCUCACUGCACCUCAGGAAGAAAUCAAAGCAUUGCAGGAAGCUGAAAUCCCCUCUGCCCAAUCACUGCACAUCCUGGACUUCAGCUUUUCUGAUAUUGACCUAUCAGAGGACUCAACAACCCAGGCCACAGUCAGAAUGUUUCUGGAUCUCAACCUAAUACAGGACUUCAACAUCGAAUACAAGAGUCUGUGUCAGUGGGUGCUGAGUGUCAAACGUGGUUACCGUAGCAACGUGCCCUAUCACAACUGGAACCAUGGUCUUAGCACCGCUCAGUGUAUGUUUGCCAUGCUGAUGGCCACUGACCAGCUACAGUGUAAUUUUUCUCGUCUGGAGGUGCUGGCUCUGAUGAUAGCCACUCUGAAUCAUGACCUGGAUCACAGAGGAGUCAGCAACUCCUACAUAAAGAGGACCCAUCAGCCUCUGGCCCAGCUAUAUGGGACCUCCUCCCUGGAGCAUCAUCAUUAUGACAUGUGCCUCUUCAUCCUCAACAACCCGGGCAGUCAGAUUCUGAGUGGUCUCAGUCCAGAGGACUACAGGAGAGUGUUGCCCAUGAUAGAGAAAGCCAUCCUAGCUACAGACUUGGCCAUAUAUAUGGAGAGGAGAGCAGAGUUCUUUGAGCUGGGUCAGAGCGGCGUGAGCUGGGCAAAAGACAGUCAUAGAGACCUAUUGAGGUCAAUGCUGAUGACAGCCAGUGACAUUUGUGCCAUUACAAAGCCUUGGCAUAUUCAGAAGAGGAUAGCUAAGCUGGUGGCUACAGAGUUCUUUGCUGAAGGAGAUAAAGAGAGGGAAGAGUUCAACAUUAAACCUGCUGACAUGAUGAACAGAGACAACAGCACUCGACUUCCCCACAUGCAGGUGAACUACAUUGAUGGGUUGUGCCAUCCCUUAUACCAGUCUCUGUCUGGGAUGUUCAGCUCCUGUUCUCCUCUGUUGGAUGGUCUCAUGAAGAACAGAGAGAACUGGAUGCUCCUUGCUGAAAGGGGGGAUGAAGGAGGAGAGGAGGAAUAGAGGGGAAAAAUGAACAGGAGAUAACGAACUGCUUAAGUGAAUAAUACACUUUAACAUGAUAUGCUGCUUUAAUUAUCUGUGUGUGAGAGUGAAUGUGUGUGUUUGUUGCAUUUAACCGUUUGUUCAUGGAGGUCUUACGUUUACUUUAAAAAUUGAAAAUACUUGUAUUUGUCACAAGCGCCUAAUACAACUGGUGUAGACAAUGCAACUGGUGUAGACAGUGCAACUGGAGUGGACAAUGCAACUGGAGUGGACAAUGCAACUGGAGUGGACAAUGCAACUGGAGUGGACAAUGCAACUGGAGUGGACAAUGCAACUGGAGUGGACAACGCAACUGGAUUGGACAAUGGAAAUUGAGUAAACAAUACAACUGGCUUAAAGAGUAUGAAUGAGACAAACAUGCAAACAUUAAGUAGUGUAAAAAGCUUCCUUUUAGUGACAGUGGGGUUGAUCUGAGAAAUGUGUUUUGUACAUUUGUUUUUUAAUAAAAUUAAUUUAUAGUCUA